UACACACCAAGGAAGUUGAGCUUUAAGGAGAAUUCCAUCUCUCUACCUCUGAGGAGAAUACUUCCCAUCUUCUCUGUCUCCUAAUUUUUCAGAAUUUCUGUUGUUUCUCAGAGGAUUAUGUUUCCUGCGAAUCCUCUUGUGUGCAUCUUCCUUUUCACCUGUGUCAUCCAACUUAGCCACACCUGGUCAGUGAACAAUUUUCUGAUGACUGGUCCAAAGGCUUACCUGAUCUACUCUAGCAGUGUGGCCGCUGGUGCCCAGAGUGGUAUUGAAGAAUGUAAAUAUCAGUUUGCCUGGGACCGCUGGAACUGCCCUGAGAGAGCCUUGCAGCUAUCCAGCCACAGUGGACUCCGCAGUGCUAACAGGGAGACAGCAUUUGUGCAUGCCAUCAGCUCCGCCGGAGUCAUGUACACCCUGACUAGAAACUGCAGCCUUGGAGAUUUUGACAACUGUGGCUGUGACGACUCCCGAAAUGGGCAGCUGGGGGGCCAAGGCUGGCUGUGGGGAGGCUGCAGUGACAACGUGGGCUUCGGAGAGGCGAUUUCCAAGCAGUUUGUGGAUGCCCUAGAGACGGGGCAGGAUGCCCGGGCAGCCAUGAAUCUGCACAACAACGAGGCCGGCCGCAAGGCCGUGAAGGGCACCAUGAAACGCACGUGCAAGUGCCACGGCGUGUCCGGCAGCUGCACCACCCAGACCUGCUGGCUGCAGCUGCCGGAGUUCCGGGAGGUGGGCGCGCACCUGAAGGAGAAGUACCACGCGGCUCUCAAGGUGGACCUGCUGCAGGGUGCGGGCAACAGUGCGGCGGGCCGCGGCGCCAUCGCCGACACCUUCCGCUCCAUCUCCACGCGCGAGCUGGUGCACCUGGAGGACUCCCCGGAUUACUGCCUGGAGAACAAGACUCUCGGCCUGCUGGGCACCGAAGGCCGCGAGUGUCUGCGGCGCGGACGGGCCCUGGGCCGCUGGGAGCGCCGCAGCUGCCGCCGGCUGUGCGGGGACUGCGGGCUGGCGGUGGAGGAACGCCGGGCCGAGACCGUGUCCAGCUGCAACUGCAAGUUCCACUGGUGCUGCGCGGUGCGCUGUGAGCAGUGCCGCCGGCGGGUCACCAAGUACUUCUGCAGCCGCGCCGACCGGCCGCGGAGGGGCGCUGCGCACAAACCUGGGAGAAAAGCCUAGGGGCACCUCUCCUGCCUCCUUCCCCGUCCUUGGCUUCGUUUAGAAACCCCAGUAAUAGAGGAACCCAGGUAAUGGGGAUUCCGCACUACGUAGCCCAGAGAUCUUGACCGGGAGACUGCAGUCUUCGCAACUUGCCACGAUGAACAUGGUUUUCUGGAUUCCUCUGCGCUCCAUAGUCCUUGCAGCCCAUACUUAGAUCUGAGAACUGUUCUGAAACUCUGCACUGUUGAUCUUCCUGAGAAAAACACAACAGGCGAUCCAACACCCCCCCCCACCUCCUAGCUACCCUAUCAGGCGUAGGAAAAGACCUCCUUGAGACAUGCAGAACCCAGGUAAAUUUAGAGAGCCAUGCCCUUUCUCUUUUGCCCAUGGUCUCCACCACAGCUGCCUCUCCCUCCCUGUUGCAGAGUGCUGUCCACACUGACUGCUCAGGAAUUUGACCCUUUUCCCUUCUCUUCUCCUUUCCCAAACUGCCCUGUGAAGAAGCUCUGCGGAAACUCGGCGGGGAACAAACACACCUUUGGGGUUGGUUCCUAGAGGCACAGGGUGAGUGUGAGGGAAGAAGUAGCUGCUCGAACACCAAAUAAGCUCUUAUUCCUUGUGACACCAUGUCAUGAACAGUGUGGCAAGAACUUCCUAAACAAUCACCCUGAUUUUACAUAUUUCACAUACAUUCCCCCAGACACAUAUACUCAAGAGGUAUAAUAGUGCUGGAAGGGCAGAUUAACCUGUCAUUUUCUUCCCUUGAAAGCUACUUUCUCCCUUCUUGUAGCAACCAACUUCAUCUUUUUCCUUCCCCCAAAGGAGUUUUGCUCCCCUAAGCCAAGAGUGAGGUAAAUCAAGCCAAUUUCCCAGUCUGUACCUCUAAAAGCAGGUAGGAAGUGGGGGGGGGGGCAGCUUUUCUUUCACUUGCCUGGUUCUCAUACAGGGAGGUUCAGGGCAUUGGUGCCUUCCUUCAAUAGGUAAACUUCCUGCACUGAAAUUGUUGGGAAUGGGAAUUUCAGUGCUUUGAAUUGUUAAUUUAUUUACUGAGUGCUCAUUUUCCAGGCACUGAACUUAUUUUGAGGAUAAUGAAGGGAGAGUGGUAUGGAAAUAGAACCUCUAGGCCCUGUCUACUCUCCCACCUUGCCAGGAUACCAUCCUCUUUAUAGCCUUGCUUCCCUGAUGGCCUCAAUAGGUAGCAUGACUUGGCAGAGUUUAAUCAUCCACUACA